AUGGUUGUUCUUUUGUACGUGAAUGAUAUGAUAAUAACAGGAAACAAUGAAGAUGAAGUUGCUAGGAUUCAAGAUGAGCUUUCCAUAAGAUUUGACAUUAAGAAGUUGGGAGAACUACACCAUUUUCUCGGCUUAGAGGUGACAAACAUGAACAAAGGGAACUUUGUCACUCAAGAAGGAUAUGCCAAGAAACUUGUUGACAGGUUUGGAUUGAAGCAAAACAAAACAUGUUCUGCUCCUCUUGAGAUAAGCACAAGGUUAAGGCGGGACGAAGGCUCACUUCUUGCAGAUCCCAAGUCUUUUCGAUCUCUUGUUGGAAGUCUCUUGUAUUUGACUAUUACAAGGUCGGACAUUGCGUUCUCGGUGGGAUAUGUCAGCAGAUUUAUGCAAAGGCCAAGAAAGCCUCACUUAAAAGCUGCAAAGAGGAUUCUAAAGUAUAUUAACUCAACAUUAGACAUGGGCUUGUUCUUCCAGAAGAAGAAGAAUUUGGUGUUAGCUGGUUAUACGGAUGCUGAUUUUGGUGGUGAUUUGGAUGACCGAAGAUCAACAUCGGGCUAUAUUUUCCUCUGUGGUGGAACAAGUGNAGAAGAAGAAUAA